AUUUGAAAUAAAUUUUUAAUGUUGAUUAAACUAUAUCAUCUGGUAAUUGAAUCGCUGUGAUUCUUGACCUCAGUGUAUAUUCUGCACAAAAUGGUGUUUUGGUAUUUUUGUGUGAGGCUGCAUGUACCAAGGGAAGGGUGUGAAAAUUAAUUAGUACCCAUUAUCUUGAAUUGCCUGAGCAGCUGUUGCUAGAUCAACUUUAAAGUUUACUGCCCAGUUGUUGUGAGAGAUUUACUCAAAUCCCGCCAACAAAUUUGCUUAUCUAAAUUCGCAAAUUCUCUAUUUUCUUGUUUUUUAUAUUCUUCUUUGAAUAUCAAUUUUAUCAUUUGUAUCUUUAUUCCCAGUACAAGAUAGAAGCUUGUAAGGCCUUCAUUUAUGAAUGAGAAAGGGAGAGAGAGAUGGUCAUAGGAUUUAGUCCGCCUUAAAAGAUCUACCAUUAACUUGAACCUGAAGAAAAAAGUCACUUUCUGGGAAAGCUGCUUUGAUUUGAAGCUUGCCGGUAUUGGUGUUGCUUUCAGGAUAACUAUAAACUGCAAUUACAUAUAUUAGCUUUAUUCUUCACAGGUCAAUUGCAUAUAUUAGCUUUAUUCUUCACAGGUUGUUCAGGCUUAUGAGGGUUUUUUCUUUUUCUUUUUUCAUUUGAAUCAUUAUUCAACCAGUCAAUUUUUAAGUGUUCUCUUGUCGACAAAAUAACGUAAUAGUAUGCUAUCAACCGAAGGUUUUAUGUGCUUUUUAUAAAUAUAACUAAGUGCUUAUCUUUGUCUGCUUCACUUGUACAUGUGCUUGUUCCAUGACCUUAUGCUGUGUGUUCUGAAACCUGGCCAUUUUAACUUGGUGAAGAAGGUGUUUUCUGGCUUGCAGUGAGUUCAAAAUCUAUUAUGUAAUUGCCAUUGAGAAAGCAUAUACUGAGUUCAAUUUUUUGGAAGAAUAUCACAAGAACAUUAUCAGAAAUAGCUAUCACUUUUAGGUUUCAGAAUAAUUCAGUGGCAAAUCUAGGACACCCUUGGAAUUAAUAAAAAGAUAAAGAUUAUCUAUGUUAGACACAUAUAGUGAAGUACUGGAAUCAUAAUAUAUUGAAUGUUCUGAGAUUUGCGCUUUUAGAUGCGGUCAGGCUAUGGUCGUUCCCUAUUCAAACCUCUUCUACCACUCAUUUUGGGUCGUGAUGUUAGUUGUGAAGUAGCAGCAACUGGAUCUUUGGUACGGUCUCUAAGUUUAGGACAAGAAGUUUUUGGUGCAUUGCAUCAACUGCUGUGAGAGGUACUUAUGCCGACUAUGCAGUUCUUUCAGAGGAUGAACUCACUCUAAAACCUGUAUCAAUUACUCAUGUAGUGAGAAUUUCUUUCUCUUUUCUUUUGUAAUAUAUAACUGAAAACAUAUUACAUGUUGUUGUAAUUUUUCAUAAAUUAGUAUUGGCUUUAUUCACCCUAAAUCCUAUUUUUUCUUCUGGUUAGUUGAGUGAUUCACAAUUUUACUUAUGCCUUCCUGUUAAAUUCCUUUUGACUACAAAACAUGAGUUUAAAUAGUUUCAUGCUCCUAUAGGAAGCAAGAGCAAUUCCUUUUGCUGCGUUGACUGCUUGGUGUGCUUUAAGAGGCACUGCUAGGAUAACAGAGGGGCAAAGGUUGUUAGUUAUAGGCAGUGGAGGAGCUGUAGGUUUUUCUGCAAUUCAACUUUCAGUAGCUGCAGGGUGCCUUGUUGCUACUACUGGUGGAAGCAAAAGUAUUGAUCGAGUGCUGGCAGCUGGUGCUGAGCAAGCAGUUGACUUUAGUGCUGAGGUGGGGAUUCAAAUUAGUUUUUCAUGAGCGAGCAAAUGCAUCUGAUUUGCACGACAUUGAAUUGGCAAUAAAGGGGAAGUUCCAUGCUGUAUUGGACACCGUUGGUGGACCAAAGACAGAAAGAUUAGGCAUCAAUUUUUUGAAGAGGGGUGGACAUUAUAUGGCACUUCACGGUGAGGCAACACCACUGGCAGAUGCAUAUGGACUAGCAGUUGGGCUUCCUGUUGCUACAGGUGUUUUAUUGAAGAAACGGCUUCAAUACUGGUAUUCUCAUGGAAUAGAAUAUUCGUACACAUAUAUGCGGGUUGAUGCAGAAGGUCUAGAUGAGAUUCGUCGGCUGUCUGAAGCCAGAAAGCUGAAAAUACCUGUGGACAAAACAUUUCCCAUAACACAAGAGAAAGAGUUUCAUGAGGCUAAAGACAAGAGGCUCAUUCCCGGUAAAGUGGUGCUGGAAUUCGACGGACUAAUUUCCUUUCAGUGAUAGAACCCUUUAAUAUCAGUAAGCCUUCACAUUUAUGCAUGGAUUCUUUAACUCAUUCAGAAAGCCUUUCCUACAUUUUUUGUCAAUCAGCUCUACUAACAGCUUGUAUAGGAAAGAGAAUUUUGCGAGUGGUAAAUGAUAGAAAUCAGGUUAGGAAACUCUAAAUGUUUGAGAGGUAGCCUUGGGUUAAUCUCAAGUGGUGAUGGGGUAGUUGUGACAGGAUAGAUCUUUGGUUGAGAACUUAUCUACAUUAUACAAAAUGCUUUUAGAAUAAAUCUUUUUGUGUAGUUGAACAAUUGGAAUGAAUCAUAAGUUAGAUGCAAAUAGAAAACAGUUAAUUGUUGUUUGUGUGCUUUUACUUUGUAAGCCUGAUGAAUUAAUUUCAA